AUGUUAAGAAGUUCCAGUAGUUUCAGAGGUCUCAACAACAAGGCGAUUAAAAUUGCCCAAUUUGUUAGACAUGCUUCCACGCAAGAAUUCGAUGUCGUCGUAAUUGGUGGUGGUCCAGGUGGUUACGUUUCGGCUAUCAAGAGUGCCCAAUUAAACUUGAAGACCGCAUGUAUAGAAAAAAGAGGUUCUUUAGGUGGUACUUGUUUGAAUGUUGGUUGUAUUCCAUCCAAGUCUUUAUUGAACAACUCCCAAUUAUUCCAUCAAAUUCAACAUGACUCUAAGCACAGAGGUAUUGAAAUUUCAGGGGAUGUUUCCAUCAACAUCGACACCUUGCAAGCUGCUAAGGACAAGGCUGUCAAGGGUUUAACCGGUGGUGUUGAAAUGUUACUUAAGAAGAACGGUGUUACUUACUUCAAGGGUGAGGGUUCAUUUAUUGAUGAAAACAAUGUCAACGUGAAGCCAAUCGACGGUUCUGAAGACAUUCAAAUCAGUGCUAAGAACAUUGUUGUAGCCACUGGUUCUGAGCCAACUCCAUUCCCAGGUAUCGAAAUUGACGAAGAAAGAAUUGUUUCUUCCACUGGUGCCUUGGCCUUGAAGGAAGUCCCAAAGAAGAUGUCUAUCAUCGGUGGUGGUAUCAUUGGUUUAGAAAUGGCUUCUGUGUGGUCCAGAUUAGGUUCUGAAGUCACCGUCAUCGAAUUCCAAAACGCCAUUGGUGCUGGUAUGGAUGGUGAAGUCGCCAAACAAAUUCAAAAGUUAUUGGGCAAGCAAGGAUUGAAAUUCAAGUUAGGCACAAAGGUCACUAAGGGUGUUAGAGAUGGUGAAACCGUCAAGAUCGAAGUUGAAGAUGUCAAGUCCGGAAAGAAGGAAGACUUAGAUGCUGAUGUCUUAUUAGUCGCUAUUGGUAGAAGACCAUUUACCAACGGAUUAAACUUCGACAAGAUUGGCUUAGAAGCUGAUGACAAGGGAAGAUUGGUCAUUGACAACCAAUUCAGAACCAAGCAUGAACAUAUCAGAGUUAUUGGUGAUGUUACCUACGGUCCUAUGUUAGCCCACAAGGCUGAAGAAGAAGGUAUCGCUGCUGCCGAAUACAUCAAGAACGGCCACGGUCACGUCAACUACGCCAACAUUCCUUCUGUUAUGUAUUCUCACCCAGAAGUUGCUUGGGUUGGUGCCAACGAAGAACAAUUGAAGGAACAAGGAAUCAAAUACAAGAUCGGUAAGUUCCCAUUCAUUGCCAACUCUAGAGCUAAGACCAACUUGGACACCGAUGGUUUCGUCAAGUUCAUUGCUGAUGCCGAAACCCAACGUGUCUUGGGUGUCCACAUCAUCGGUAGUAACGCCGGUGAAAUGAUCGCUGAAGCCGGUUUAGCCUUAGAAUACGGUGCUUCUACCGAAGACAUCGCCAGAACCUGUCAUGCUCACCCAACCUUAUCCGAAGCAUUCAAGGAAGCUGCUUUAGCUACUUUUGACAAGCCAAUUAACUUCUAA